GUGGAAGACGUCUCCAAACCAGCAGUCGGCUUGCGGUGAUCAACGGUGCUUGUGAGUGAAAUGGUGAUUGUGUUUUGUUUUUCGUCCUUGCCGACCUCUGAAGACUGCAGAUAGAAUUGAAUAUCGACUUGUACGUAUAACGUCAGUUCUGGACGUUAGUGAUCAAGAAUUGGCGGUUCACAUUUUGGAUAUAAUUUUAUCAGAAACAUAUUAUACUUCUAUUGGAAACAAAUUUGGUAGAGGAAAAUUUACCAUCCGAUAUGAAAACAAAUAGUUGUCAUUGAAAUAAAUGGAAUAUCGUUAGAAUGAACAAGAUACACUCUGGAAUCUUAGCUCUUGUCUUGGGAAUUUUCUUGAUUCAAGCUGCAGACCCACCUUAUGAGAAAACCUCAAAUUUUCUUCCAUAUACAGUUAUUAAUUAUUUACCAGUGACGAGCUUAGUUACGAGUAUAGAAACCAGAAGUGAUAAUCAAGGAAUCAAACAAGAUCUUGAACAUCGAGUGGAAGAUGCAUCUCAAUCACAAGAUAAUAGCAGAAUUUUGUUAUUAGACGAUCAGAAUGUAGGGGAGAAUAACCCUAACUUUCAAGAAGAGCACGAAAACUUAAAAGUUUUCCAUCACUAUCUUGAGACCAUAAACAACGAAGAGAAGAAGGAAGGUAUUAAGCCGAUUGAUGUGGAGAAAUUAAAUGACUCAGUGCAAUCCCAGGAUGUGAUUAAUCAAUUUCUGCAGAGACCGGGAAAAACCGAAUACGAGAAAUUAUUGGAAAGAGAUUUCAUAAGACCCCUUCUGAAACUUUAUGAAAGCAAAGGCCACCAAAAGCCCGAUUAUGUAAUAGGAAAUUUCACUAAUCAUUCGAGGAUCUCUAAAGAAGAUUACGAGGACAAGUCAAAAUUCUUGACGAGGGAAGAGUUAGAUCUAUUAAUCCAUGAGACAGAUAAAUACCAAGAAAAUUUGCAAAAAAGUAGUAACAUAGAAUAUUUGGAAAAACUUUCAAAACACGAGAAGAAUGAACCAAGUACAAUUCCUGCUGAAAUUAAAAGGGAGGACCCAAAGAAAUUCGCUAGAAGGGAUGAUAAUCUAGAGGAAGAUACUAAAGAUGAACAUAUAGGAGAAAUCUUACCGCCAAAUUUUGCAAGAGAUAACUCUCUACGCUUCAGUUUUAGAGGACGUGUUAAUCCUAAAUUCAGUAACGUUCAGAGGAAAACCUAUCGUAGUUCUCGGAAAUAUGACGCUGGUUUUGUUCCGAGUAUAUUUACGGGUGACAAGGGUAUACGCAAGCCAAUAUCAUUUCCUAGAGAAAGAUUCAGGCCAGAAUACGAACCAACAGCCAUAUCCUACGAUGGUUUUGAGUCCAAUCGAGAAGACAGGUCGAAAUAUAUCUACCCCUCAGAUUCACCAGACAGUUCUAACAAAGAACAGGAGUCAAGAAAUGCGUUUAGCAAUAUAAGGAUCGGUCCACCAAAUAGUGAAAUUCCUGGGUAUCGUCUCCCCAGGAGGCUCAGAGGAUACAGUGACUCUUUUCCUGGUUUUCAAAUAACUGGCAGAGAUGCGUUUUACGAUCCUUCAACUAGGUGGCAAAACGGGUGGACUGGUUCGAGAAAACCGAAAGUGAUUUUCCCAACGGAUCUCGUGGCUUUCAGAGACGCUAAUCCUGUGGGUGCAGGUCUCGACGAACCUGACUGGUUGGCUGCUGAUAAUACGCUUCAGGAUCUACAGGAACCUGAAAUGAAAGAAAGGGGUACGGACCUUAUGUGCAUUUCUGGAGCAUCCUGCGAAUUCUUCCUCACUUGUUGGCUGUCCGGAGGGAUACUAGAAAGUCCGUGCGAUGGUUUCCUACGGGGAUGCUGUCAAAAAAGAGUCUCGAAAACUGGCCAGAGUCCAACUCUGGCCGUGGGUACACUGGAGGCUCCGAGAGAAAGUCCAAAGUCCGUCACUACCCUAGAAGAUAUUCGUUGCGGCAUUUCCUCUCCGAGGCAACAAGCUCAAAGAAGGAUAGUUGGAGGUGAAGAAGCAGGAUUUGGAACGUUUCCGUGGCAAGCCUACAUUAGAAUCGGUUCCUCGAGAUGUGGAGGAUCUCUAGUCAGUAGACGGCAUGUGGUCACCGCAGGCCAUUGUGUUGCAAGGGCGACACCUAGACAAGUUCACGUUACACUUGGAGAUUAUGUCAUCAACUCAGCUGUUGAACCAUUACCAGCGUACACGUUUGGAGUUUCCCAAAUUCAGGUGCACCCCUUCUUCAAAUUUACCCCCCAAGCCGACAGAUUUGACGUUGCCGUAUUACGUUUGGAUCGAACAGCCCACCAGUUACCCCACAUAACACCUAUCUGUCUUCCUCCAAGAGGUGAGACUUUUCUAGGAGAAACCGGUGUGGCAGCUGGAUGGGGUGCUCUCAGUCCAGGAUCACGGCUACGUCCCCAGACAUUGCAAGCAGUUCAGGUCCCAGUAAUAGACAACAGAAUAUGUGAAAGGUGGCACAGAAGCAAAGGAAUCGGAGUCACUAUCUAUGACGAAAUGAUGUGCGCUGGUUACAAAACAGGGGGCAGAGACAGCUGCCAAGGUGAUUCUGGAGGACCACUAAUGCUGCAAAAGCAAGGAAGGUGGUUCCUUAUAGGGAUAGUCUCAGCAGGGUACUCCUGCGCCCAGCCUGGCCAACCUGGUAUCUAUCACAGGGUGGCUCAUACAGUGGAAUGGAUAACUAGAGCAAUUACUUCGUGAUGAAGAAAGUGUGGAUCUAAAGACUUUUAUUUGAAAGAUUUGUUGAUUGAUGGCACUCGAGUUCGAGUUAUUCGUGAUAUUUUUAUUUAUUUUGUAAUUAUUUAAAGAAAUUAUUUUAUUAAUCAAUAUUGAUGAGAAUGAAACGACGGUUUCUGAAUUAUAAAAUUUGAAAU